AUGUCUCUGGUUACGCUCCCCUACAACUCAGGUGAACAGCUCCAACUAGGUAUUGACCAGUGGGAAGAGUUCCAACUCACCUCGAAAGAUCCGUGUCGAACAGACAUUGUGUAUCCCAGCACUCCUCAGAAACCUGUCUAUGAGAUCAGAACAGACGAGUCGGGUUCCAAGCCCGUAACGUCAUAUGUCGACGCAACAGGAAACGUUUUUGCUACUCUGGAAUGGCAUAUGUACCUCAGCGACAAACUUACAGUACGAGGAGGCCCUAGUCAGAAUGUGAGCAAAUGGUUGAAGAACCGAAAGAUGUCCAAUAGACAAGGCGCUUCCUUCACUGACGGGAACGGAGAAUCUUACACAUGGAAGAGUGCAGAGAGAAAAAGUAUGCCGACUCUUGAGCUAUUCAUGGACAAUGACCCUUCAUGUCCAAUAGCAAUUUCCAUCCCGUCCACGAAAGGAAGAUUACACAUCGAUCCAGGUGCCAGACCAGCUAGCAUGUAUUUCUCAGAGCAAGCACUUCCAGCUCGCCACGAGAUUGUAUUAUCGGCUCUCUUAAUUGACAAGCAGAGGACGUUCUCUGGGAAGGGAUCAGUGUUCCAGUCGCAGUUUGCAACCUUAGGACUCAGUGGUGUAGGUGCUAUAUCAAUGUAG